AUGCCCCGGGCGCCGCAAUCGGCCGGCCCGCGGGAGUCGAGGACGCCAGGCAGGUCCGGAGAGCUGGGAGCCCGACCUCCCUCGAAGGGAAGCAGCCGCGCCGCCGCACGCGGGGCUCGCUCCCUCGGGGCUCCGCGCCUCCCGCCGCCGCGAAACUGGUCUGCGGAGGUGGCCGGCCGGGGCGAGGUCGUCGGUAGCCGCAGCGACGCUGAUCCCACCGCGGACCUUCGCCAACAAUCCCGCGCUGCUAUCUGCCCGCGCCGGCGCCCGCUCCGCCCCGGCGCAGCCCGGCUCGCUCCGCCCCGGCCCCUCCCCGGGCAGCGGGAGGCAGUGCCGAACGGGGCGGGGCGGCGGUCCGCACCCGGGCGGCGUCAGGCUUCGGCUCCCGACUCCAGGCGCAAGAAGCUAGCGCCCGCUCCGCCCCGCCCCACCCCACCCCGCCCCUGGCCGGUGCGCGCCUCACGGAUCCCUACUCUCUGCCCCUCGCGCGCGGAGCGCGCAAAGAGAGUCCUCUUCCCUGGUGCUCCGCUUGCGCGAGGAACCCCGUGCGAGCCCCCUAACCCCAACCGGCUGCGUGGGGCAAUUCCUGGAAACUGCCGGGCCCCCGACCCCACCCCUGACCGCGCCGGCUCCGGGGUCCCCUCGCUUCCCGCCCCCACCCCCAGCCAUCACGUGGGUUUCCUUUUCUUAGCAAGCUAG